CGCAUAAAAGCACUGAGCAGAGAGAGAGAGAGAGAGAGAGGCAGAAGGGAAGUGACGACGCUCGCGCUGCAUUUCUGCCGCUGCUGCUGCUGCUGCUGCUCGCUCCUCCUAGGGUUUCUUUCUCCGGCUUUCCAUUUCGGGCCAACCAUGAGUCGGCAUCCAGAAUUGAAGUGGGCGCAGAGGAAAGACAAGGUCUUCCUUACAGUGCUUCUGCCAGACGCAAAGGAUGCGAAGGUCAAUCUUGAGCCAGAUGGCAUUUUCACCUUUUCCGCCAAGGCUGGAGCUGAAAACCAUCCUUAUGAGCUGAAACUGGAGCUUUUUGAUAAGGUCGAUGUGGAGGAGAGUAAAAUCAAUAUUGGAGUUAGGAACAUCUUCUGCAUAUUGGAGAAGGCAGAGAAAGAAUGGUGGAAAAAGCUGUUGCGAGGAGAUGGCAAGCCCCCUCACUAUGUCAAAGUAGACUGGGACAAGUGGGUGGAUGAAGAUGAAGACACUGGUGGUGGUAUGGGUGACUUGGAUCUCGGGGGCAUGGACUUCUCGAAAUUUGGUGGAAUGGGAAUGGGAAUGGGUGAUGACAUGCCUGAGGACUUUGAAGACAGUGAUGAUGAAGAAGUUGCAAAGCCGGGCGAGUCAAGUGCUGGUGAGGCAGAAGCAGCUGCAAAACAAGAAGAUGAAGAAGCCGGGAAGAAGGAAGUCAAGGAACCCAGUACAUGAUUUCCAUAGUAGCUAGGAAUGUCAUGGUGUUACAAUCUUGAAUGUAACAGUUUCCGGAUGAUUUUUCCAGUAUCUACUGGUGGGUUGAUGUCUGUUUUUUACCUCACAUAAAUCAUGAUGGUAAGCUAUAUUUGGCAAGUAGCGGCACCUCAUAGGUAAAAUGUUUGAUGAGAUGUUUGACAUUGUAUUUGAUUGUGACUUGAUGGUUCAUAUGAUUUUCCCUUC